CACUUCCUCCCGGAAGCGGGCCUUGGCGGAUGUCUCCGGCGCGUCCGUGCAGGGGACUGAGGGCCGCGGUGGCUGCCAGCGUGGGAUUCAGCGAGGGGCCGGCCGGCUCCGCCCGGAGCGACCGCCUCCUCCGCCCGCCGAGUCCUGCUCCGGCGGCGCCGGGGGCCCGGCUGCUGCGGCUCCCGGGAAGCGGGGCCGUGCGGGCCGCAAGGCCGGAGCGCGCCGGCUGGACCGAGGCGCUGCGGGCCGCCGUGGCCGAGCUGCGCGCCGGCGCCGUGGUGGCUGUCCCCACCGAUACGUUGUACGGCCUGGCCUGCUCGGCGAGCUGCUCGGCGGCACUGGGCGCUGUGUACCGCCUCAAGGGCCGCAGCGAGGCCAAGCCGCUGGCCGUAUGCCUGGGCCGCGUGGCCGACGUCUACAGGUACUGCCACGUGAAAGUACCUGAAGGGCUCCUGAAAGAUCUGUUACCAGGACCAGUUACACUGGUGAUGGAACGCUCAGAGGAACUCAAUAAGGACUUGAACCCCUUCACUCCUCUUGUGGGCAUCCGGAUUCCUGAUCAUGCCUUCAUACAGGACUUGACUGAGGUAUUUGGGGGACCUCUUGCUCUCACCAGUGCCAACCUCAGCUCCCAGGCCAGUUCUCUGAAUGUGGAGGAGUUCCAGGACCUCUGGCCUCAGUUGUCCCUGGUCAUUGAUGGGGGGCCAAUUGGGGAUGGCCAGAGCCCUGAGUGUCGCCUAGGCUCCACUGUGGUUGACUUGUCUGUGCCUGGAAAGUUCAGGAUCAUUCGUCCAGGAUGUGCCCUAGAAAGUACUACAGCCAUUCUCCAACAGAAGUAUGGGCUGCUCCCCUCACAUGGAUCCUGUGUGUGAAGCUCGAAAGGAGGGAGAACCCAAGGACUGGUGCUGGACACUGUGUGUCUGUUCCCUGGUGGUUGGCAAGGCCUCAUUUGCAGAGGCACUAGGGCUACAACAUCACUUGUCUCUUUACAGCUUUCUGAACACUGCUGACCAGGCCCCUGAAGCUGCUAGUUCAACUUCACCUCUGGUGGGGGAUGAGGGGGGUACAGUGAGAGAGGUAUUUAUUUAUUAUCUACAAUUUCAUGGAUCACCCAAAAGCUGAAUAGAGACUUUGAGACUACUCCUAGGACAGCCUUGUUCGGCUAAGUUUCUUGUUUUUUUAACUUUUUGAAAAAUAAUAUAAAUAACAGAUUUGAAAUUUACUGAGAGUCUUCUCUCUGGUAAGUUCUAGAUUAGCUAGAACACCAGCUCUACUAUUUAAGUCUCAGUGACCAAAAGCACAUUGUGCGUCUGAGAAGGGCACCAAGUUAGGAUAAUAUUGUAGAGCCACAGGCCGGUUUCCUCUGGCCCUACGGGACUGGAAUGCGGUGUGCUGGAAGAUGGAGUGAGUCAUCUUGGUCUGAUGGUGUAGAAGUGAGCUCAUUGGCAGGGGGUUGAGAUGGGGCGUGGAGUCCAAAUUAAAGGCUGUUAGAAAGUGGGCCUCUACUACCUUGCUCAGCCUUUUUUGACUCUUAUUCAUAAAAUAAAUGAUUAUACCAAUAACACCUUUAUUUAAAUCCAAUGUCUACGCAGCAGGCCUCUAUCUUUAUUCAUAUGUGUGACAAGUAUAAACAACUCUUGUUGGGCAUUUGAACUUUGUUUUUCUUUAGUAGAAAAUAAUGCUGCUAUUAAACAUCUUUAUAAAUGGUUUAUUUUUCUUUUGAAUUAUUUCCUUUGAGUAGGGUUCCUGUUUUGAGGUGUAUGAAUGUUUUUAUAGCUCUUGAUACAAACUAGCCUUCAAAAGAACUAAACCAGGUUAAAUCACCUUUAGCAAUGUGUAAGAAUUGCUGGCCAUGCCAUACUUUCACAUUAUGUACGUGUGAAAUGAAGGCUCAGUAUUAACUCCUUUCUGUAAAUUAUAACAGAUUGAUAUCAGCCUUUUUCACCUGUCCCUGCCUGCCUUGGCUUCCUGCAGCUAAACCAGGGACUUCCCAUCCUGGAUGGGGUUUGUUCCCUAACUAGAGCUGGGGGUCUUUGUGGCCAGGAGGGCACUUUUUCUCCCCCUUCUUUGCACCCCAGUUCACAGAAUUGGGAUUCAGUCUUGAACCCGUAAGCUUCUCCAUACAGUGGUUACCAAUGUACUUAUUUUCAAGUGAAAGUUCUAAGAAUCUUCCAAGAAGGCAUCCCAUGGGCUUGCUUUAAUGAGGGUCCUUGCUGUUAGCAUAUUAGUUUAUUUGUAAUUAAGCACUGAUUUAUUAAAUAUUCUUUUUGGAAAUCUUGCUUAAAUUACUAAUUAAGUAAACUCACUCUUCAGCGUGCUAACAUUGUAACCAACCCACCCCACAUGUGAAUUUGUCACAGACUUACAGGUUCAGAUUGUGAUUUGGAAGAGAGCAAAAGGAAUACUUGCUUGAGAAUACCACAUCAUAUUUAAUUACUACAAAUCACAGUAGCACUGAAAAUGGCUCUAGUGCGUUCAUUCAGUCAAGACAGCUAAAGGGAGGAGGUGUCUUAAUCCUCUCCCUAGAGCUAAAUGUUCAUCUGGGAAAAUGUAGGCUUUGGAGCACAGAGGUAUUUUCUUGGAGGGAAAAGAACUGAACUCCCAGCACAGGUUAAAUUGCAAAAAAGAAAAACUUAUAGCUGUGCUCAGGCACUAGCUACAAGGCCACACUAAAUAAAGAAAGCUGGAUCCUGGAAGCUUCUGGAAGAUGGGAACCAGUCCUUGGUCAAGUUUUCCUGCAGCACCUGGCAUGUGGUAAGGUGCUUGGUUAGUAUGUGUUGCAUGAAUAUGUGAACAUUCAGGAUUGUUUCCUGAAAAUUGGGUUCAGGAAUCUAUAGGAAGGCUUAAAUCUAGAAUUUCCCUUUCAGAAAGUCUCAGCUGUAGUUUCCAAACACAGAGAAGACAAAUGAUGUGGGAAAGAGACCUGAAGAGAGAGGCAGAAGGGAGCAGGGUGCAUGCUAGCCCAGAACCCUGACCCCCUUCCUAGAGAAGUGGCUGUGGACAACUUCACACCACCAACCUGCCAAGUUCAAAGCUAAAAAUGUCCUGACAGGAUGUGGAGCUGCCCUGGACCAAGUCCAGUCACCUGCCAGCCUCUAUAGUUCCCUGUCUGGAACACCGCCCGGUUUUCUGUCACUGCAGAGUACCCCAGCACCAUCUUGCCUGAAGAAGAGGCUCUGUUCACAUGGGCUCAGGCCCAAAAGCACUCAGCUGCUGACUUGGAGACAAGCAAAUGCCUUCUACCUCAGUUGAGGCCCACAUGGUGACUUCUUCCAUCGAGACUGGGACACCGGCCCCUCACAUCAGCCACUGCUCCUUCUCUUUGAUGAAGUGCUCUGCCCAGCGGCGAGUCAGCUCCAGGUACAGGCUGGGCUGAUGAGGCAGGUAGUCCAAAUAGAGCCGAGUUGUUGUCUUUUUAGGAAUGGCCUUCUCAAUCUGGGUGCCCUCGUGCCACUCAUUGAAAGAGGUGAUGGAGACAAUCUCAGGCCUCACUGUUAGGGCCGCCUGCAGGGCUGUCUCAUAGUAUUUGCCAUUGACCCUGUUCCGAGUAUUGUGGUUGUUCCAAGGCCGGAUGCUGGUGUCAAUGUAACCAGGUCCCACACUGGGAAUGAACAUUAGAUUGUUAGCAUCGCAAAAGUUCUUCACAGCUUUCCAGUUCUGAUGGGAGGAGCCGAAGGAGAAACCAUUGGAGGCAAAGUAGGUAUACAUGCCAUCGAAUCCAGCGGCCAGGAUAUCAUGAGUGUGGCCCUCCUCCACCAGCAGCGCUAUGAAGACUCCAUCAUAGGGCGUGUUGCGGAUUGAGUGGGGCCCGUUUGGUGUCAGGAGGUGGGCCCAGGCCUCAGGGGAUGUUAGGUAUGAGUCAUAGAUAUAAAAGAGUGGAAGGCUCUUGCCCAUGCUGUUCUUAUAGCGGUAAAAUGCGCCAUGGGAGCCAUACCUGAGAAGUGGGAGGAAGAAGAGCCUGAGCUGGCAGCCUAAGUUGGGAGAAGUCAGCAAGAUUGUAGGACCAGCCGUGGAUGAGAUAUUUCCUGACGCCCAAGUACAAUUUAGGGUCCAGCCAUGCUUCUAAGCAAGAACUUAGUUCCCUCCCUCUUCUUCCUGGCCUUGUCAUACAUUUAUUCAAGCCUCUCUUCCCUGCUCUAGACACUGUACAAGCCACUUUCACACGUAUUAAUAUCUAUAACUCUUAAAAGGCUUGAGGGUUAAGAGGCUUGCCUCUAUCACCACCAUCUUUUCAUCAGGGGGAUUGCAGCAACAGCCACCCAAAGAGCUCCAGGCUCCCACUCUGACUCCCUAAA